AUGUCGACUCCAACGCUACCAGCCUGGCCACCAGCCCUGUCCGAAGAGGCUCGCGAACAUCUCUCACACCAAGCGACCGAUUACGCUCUCUCUCACGGUAUCGUCUACCGCCCUGUCCCCACCCCACCCUCCACCACCCCUUCGACGGACAGCACCAUCCACGCACCCUUCUCGCUCUUCCCCUCGCCCUUCCCCCGAACUCUCUUCAACAAAGCACAAUCCAUCCAGCCAGCCUACGACCUUCUCUACGCGCAGGUCUCUUCCGACCACGCCUUCCUCGAACGUGUGAUCGGCCAAUCGGUCGUCCAAGUCGAUUCGUUCCAGAAGCAGCUCUGGGACAUCUACACUGCUGUCAAAGAUGACCUUGUUCAGCCGCUGAGCCUGGGCUUGUUCAGAAGCGACUAUCUGCUGCACGAUGCGCAGAGCGAGGGAGAGGCGGGCAAUGAGAUGGGUAGCAGGUCCGGACAGCUGGAGUUGAAGCAGGUCGAGUUUAACACGAUCAGCGCUUCGUUCGGAGCUCUCUGUACUAGGGUCAGUGGGCUGCACAGGCACCUUUCGAACACGACAGACUACCUGGGUCUUGAGGAGAGCUUGAAGGCGGACAAUCUUCCAGAGAACCAGGCGCAAGAUGUGCUGGUAGGAGGGUUGACUGCUGCCCAUGCAGCUUACAUCUCUCAGCAGGGGAAAUCGGAGUCCGAGGCAUCAACCCAGAACGUUUACGUGCUCUUUGUGGUCCAAGAGGGGGAGAGAAAUGCAUUUGAUCAACGACCUCUGGAGCACGCCGUGCAGGCCAGAGGCAUUCGAGUCGUUCGACAGAGCUUUGCCGAGAUCGCCGAACGCAUGACCAUCAAGCCGGACGAUGCUAAGCGUACGCUCUUCCUCAACCACCCGGUACUCGGACUGAUUGAGAUUAGUACAGUCUACUUCCGUGCCGGCUACGGACCUUCCGACUACACCGGUGAUACCGAUUGGAAUACUCGCAAGCAACUCGAACAGAGUCUGGCCAUCAAAUGUCCCUCCAUCGCUGUCCAACUCGCUGGAGCCAAGAAGGUGCAGCAAGUGCUCGCAGAGCCUCAGCAACUCGAACCGCUCCUCACCACCCUCCACGCCGACGCCUCUACAGCGCAAUCGCUCAGAGACACCUUCACCGACCUCUACCCACUGGACGAUUCCCCGCUCGGUCGCCAAGGCUACCAACUCGCCACCACUUCCCCGGAACACUACGUGCUCAAACCACAACGCGAAGGCGGCGGAAACAACGUCUACCGCACCGACAUACCCCGCUUCCUCGCCGAACUAGAAUCAUCCUCCUCAUCCUCAUCAACUGCCGUCGCAAGAAGACAAGCGUACAUCCUCAUGAGUCUCAUCAAACCGCCCUCCGGUCUCGGAAACUUUCUGGUGAAAGCCUCCACCCCCACCUCCAAAGGCGGCGCCGUACUCGCCAAGGACACUGUCUCCGAACUCGGCGUCUACGGCGCAAUCCUCUUCUCCAACGCCAACUCCCACUCUCACGGCGUCCAAGUCAAACACCACCAAUCAGGCGGCUAUCUGCUCAGAACCAAAGGAAGAGACAGCGACGAAGGCGGCGUCGCCGUCGGCUUCUCCGUCAUCGAUUCACCCCUCCUCAUCUAG